GCUCGGGUGGAGGCGACAGUCAUCUGAUCUGAGGCGGCCUCCACGGUCUAGGCACUGAAAGCUGAGGCUAUGAUGGCUGCGACAGUACUAUCUCAGAUGUGGACCAGGACGCGCCUGUGGCUGCCGCUGUGCCUGGUGGCGGUGGCGGCGGCGGUGUCCGCGGAGCAGCAGGUGCCACUGGUAUUGUGGUCAAGUGACCGGGACCUGUGGGCUCCUGUGGCCGACACUCACGAGGGCCAUAUCACCAGCGACAUGCAGCUUUCCACCUACUUAGACCCCGCCCUGGAGCUAGGCCCCCGGAAUGUGCUGCUGUUCCUGCAGGACAAGCUAAGCAUUGAGGAUUUCACAGCAUAUGGUGGUGUGUUUGGAAAUAAGCAGGACAGCGCCUUUUCUAACCUGGAGAAUGCCCUAGAUUUGGCUCCCUCCUCCCUGGUGCUUCCCGCUGUGGACUGGUAUGCAGUCAGCACUCUGACCAGCUACCUGCAGGAGAAACUUGGGGCUAGCCCUCUACAUGUGGAUCUAGCUACCCUAAGGGAGCUCAAGCUCAAUGCCAGCCUCCCUGCCCUGCUGCUCAUACGCCUGCCCUAUACAGCCAGCUCUGGUCUGAUGGCGCCCAGGGAGGUCCUCACAGGCAAUGAUGAAGUCAUUGGGCAGGUACUGAGCACACUCAAGUCUGAAGAUGUCCCUUACACCGCAGCUCUUACAGCAGUCCGCCCUUCCAGGGUGGCCCGUGAUGUAGCCAUGGUAGCUGGGGGUCUAGGUCGCCAGCUGCUUCAAACCCAGAUGGCAGUACUUCCGGUCCAUCCUCCUGUGAGUUACAAUGAGACUGUCCCACGGAUCCUGUUCUGGGCACAAAACUUCUCUGUGGCAUACAGAGAUGAGUGGAAAGAUUUGACCCACCUCACCUUUGGUAUACAGAAUCUCAACCUGACUGGCUCCUUCUGGAAUGACUCCUUUGCCAGGCUCUCAUUGACCUACGAACAGCUCUUUGGUACAACAGUGACAUUCAAUUUCAUUCUGGCUAAUCGCUUCUACCCAGUCUCUGCUCUAUACUGGUUUACCAUGGAGCGCCUGGAAAUCCACAGCAAUGGCUCUGUUGUGUAUUUCAAUGUUUCUGAGGUCACGGGGCCCAGCAUCUACUCCUUCCACUGUGAGUACGUCAGCAGUCUUAGCAACAAGGGCAAUCUCCUCGUGACCAACGUGCCCUCACUCUGGGAGAUGACGCUUCAGGAUUUCCAGAUUCAGGCCUUCAAUGUGACGGGUGAACAGUUCUCCUAUGCUAGCGACUGUGCUGGCUUCUUCUCCCCGGGCAUCUGGAUGGGACUGCUCACUUCCCUCUUCAUGCUUUUCAUCUUCACCUACGGCCUGCACAUGAUACUCAGCCUCAAGACUAUGGAUCGUUUUGAUGACCACAAAGGCUCCACCAUCUCUUUGACCCAGAUUGUGUGACCACUGCCAGAGAGGGAUUGAGGGAGUAUUGGUGUCUGAGUUGUCAUGAUCCUGUCUUAUGGCACAGUGGACAGAAGAGCUUCCCCCUCUUCCUACUUAUAGCAUGAACCCUACACUACCCUCCACUUGUCUUGUUUCCUCUUCAACUUUCUGAGGGGCUUUCCUGGGGCUAUCCCCCAUCUCUCCCAACAAGGUGUAUUUAUUCUUUAUAGAUAUUAGAUAAAUUUUCCAGGGUCUGUCAUCAUGAGAACAAGGGACAUUAGCUCUAGGGUCCCCUUUCUUCCCCUUUUCCUUAUUUAUUCUUGCCCCUCCACCAUAAUCUCUUGCUGUUUAUAGUGCUUUUUUGUGUAGAUACUCCCUUCCUGAGCUCUCCGGAGCUCCCUCCAACAGCCACAGCUUGAGUUUGGGAGUGUGUAAAAAGACUACUCAACUGUCUGCCCAGCUUGGCUGUCAUGGUUUUUUUUGGGUGAUGUUAAGAAUAAGCAGUACCCUGGGGCCUCCACGUGGGCAGGUGGGCUCACUGGGUUUCUAACUGGUUCCCACUAGGCGUGGCUGUCAGGAGCCCAGGGUACUCUGUGCUUUCCUUCGUAAUAAAAUAAAGACGGGCUGCCAUGCGCUG